AUGGCGAUCAAAGUGAAAAUAUUGCUUUUAAUCACCGUAUUUCUGACGUCUUUAGUUUCCAAAGCAGUAGGAAUCGAGCAAACACUAUCCAGUAUAGAUGACCUACAAACAAAUCUAAAAGUAUUAAAAAAAGACAUUCAACGAUUCAAUACACCUGAAGGUAAAAAACUACUCGCUGGUAGUAGCUCGAAGUCGGCCGAUAGUGUUGUCGCUGUAGCCAGUGCGGAGGGUUCUGAUGGAAGUGCCGCCGCUGCUGGUGCGGCCGCUAGUUCAGGCGGAGGCAGCAAGGGUGGAAGCAACAAGGGAUCCGGUGGAACUGCCGCCGCUUCUGGUGCGGCCGCUAGUUCAGGCGGAGGCAGCAAGGGUGGAAGCAACAAGGGAUCUGGUGGAAGUGCCGCCGCUGCUGGUGCGGCUGCUAGCUCAGGUGGAGGCAAUACGGGUUCAGGUGGAAGUGCCGCCGCUGCUGGUGCGGCUGCUAGUUCAGGCGGAGGCAAUACGGGUUCAGGUGGAAAAAACAACAAGGGGCAAGGCUCAGGUGAUAAUUCAGCCGCUACCACCGUUACUACUGUAACCUCUACUGAUAGUUCAAGCGGCAACAGCAAGGGACAAGGGUCAACAGGAGGCAAUGCCGGUUCAGGUGGAAGUGCCGCCGCUGCUGGUGCGGCUGCUAGUUCAGGCGGAGGCAGCAAGGGUGGAAACAACAAGGGAUCUGGUGGAAGUGCCGCCGCCGCUGGUGCGGCUGCUAGUUCAGGCGGAGGCAAUACGGGUUCAGGUGAAAACGCUGCCGCUGCUGGUGCGGUCGCUAGUUCAGGCGGAGGCAGCAAGGGUGGAAACAAUAAGGGAUCUGGUGGAAGUGCCGCCGCCGCUGGUGCGGCUGCUAGUUCAGGCGGAGGCAACACGGGUUCAAGUGGAAACGCCGCCGCUGCUGGUGCGGCUGCUAGUUCAGGCGGAGGCAAUACGGGUUCAGGUGGAAAAAACAACAAGGGGCAAGGCUCAGGUGAUAAUUCAGCCGCUACCACCGUUACUACUGUAACCUCUACUGAUAGUUCAAGCGGCAACAGCAAGGGACAAGGGUCAACAGGAGGCAAUGCCGGUUCAGGUGGAAGUGCCGCCGCUGCUGGUGCGGCUGCUAGUUCAGGCGGAGGCAGCAAGGGUGGAAACAACAAGGGAUCUGGUGGAAGUGCCGCCGCCGCUGGUGCGGCUGCUAGUUCAGGCGGAGGCAAUACGGGUUCAGGUGAAAACGCUGCCGCUGCUGGUGCGGUCGCUAGUUCAGGCGGAGGUAGCAAGGGUGGAAACAAUAAGGGAUCUGGUGGAAGUGCCGCCGCCGCUGGUGCGGCUGCUAGUUCAGGCGGAGGCAAUACGGGUUCAGGUGGAAACGCCGCCGCUGCUGGUGCGGCUGCUAGUUCAGGCGGAGGCAAUACGGGUUCAGGUGGAAAAAACAACAAGGGGCAAGGCUCAGGUGAUAAUUCAGCCGCUACCACCGUUACUACUGUAACCUCUACUGAUAGUUCAAGCGGCAACAGCAAGGGACAAGGGUCAACAGGAGGCAAUGCCGGUUCAGGUGGAAGUGCCGCCGCUGCUGGUGCGGCUGCUAGUUCAGGCGGAGGCAGCAAGGGUGGAAACAACAAGGAAUCUGGUGGAAGUGCCGCCGCCGCUGGUGCGGCUGCUAGUUCAGGCGGAGGCAAUACGGGUUCAGGUGGAAACGCUGCCGCUGCUGGUGCGGUCGCUAGUUCAGGCGGAGGCAGCAAGGGUGGAAACAAUAAGGGAUCUGGUGGAAGUGCCGCCGCCGCUGGUGCGGCUGCUAGUUCAGGCGGAGGCAAUACGGGUUCAGGUGGAAACGCCGCCGCUGCUGGUGCGGCUGCUAGUUCAGGCGGAGACAAUACGGGUUCAGGUGGAAAAAACAACAAGGGGAAAGGCUCAGGUGAUGAUUCAGCCGCUACCACCGUUACUACUGUAACCUCGACUGAUAGUUCAAGCGGCGACAGCAAGGGACAAGGAUCAACAGGAGGCAAUACGGGUUCAGGAGGAAGUGCCGCCGCUGCUGGUGCGGCUGCUAGCUCAGGCGGAGGCAAUACGGGUUCAGGAGGAAGUGCAGCUGGUGCGGCUGCUAGCUCAGGCGGAAGCAAUACGGGUUCAGGUGGAAACGCCGCCGCUGCUGGUGCGGCUGCUAGUUCAGGCGGAGGCAGCAAGGGUGGAAACAACAAGGGAUCUGGUGGAAGUACCGCCGCUGCUGGUGCGGCCGCUAGUUCAGGCGGAGGCAAUACGGGUUCAGGUGGAAAAAAUGACAAGGGGCAAGGCUCAAGUGAUAAUUCAGCCACUACCACCGUUACUACUGUAACCUCGACUGAUAGUUCAAGCGGCGACAGCAAGGGACAAGGAUCAACAGGAGGCAAUACAGGUUCAGGAGGAAGUGCCGCCGCCGCUGGUGCGGCUGCUAGCUCAGGCGGAGGCAAUACGGGUUCAGGAGGAAGUGCCGCUGCUGCUGGUGCGGCUGCUAACUCAGGUGGAGGCAAUACGGGUUCAGGUGGAAGUGCCGCCGCUGCUGGUGCGGCUGCUAGCUCAGGCGGAGGCAAUACGGGUUCAGGUGGAAACGCCGCCGCUGCUGCUGCGGCUGCUAGUUCAGGAGGAGGCGGUAACUGCUGCGGUGGCUGCACUAGUUCAGGAAGGAACAACAAAGGACAGGAGUCAGGUGGCUGUGCACAAAAUUCUGCUCCAUACUAUGGUCAGCGGCCAGUGACAUAUGCAGUGAAAAUCCCUGUGGCUUACUCUGGUUAUCCAGUUUAUAAGAGUGUUAUCAUACCAUUUAAAGUUCGGAAGGGCUGCAACUGCGUACCUAAACAGGUUCGUACCUUCCAUAUCUGAAAAUGAAACAUCAACUUGAUACCAACCUGUCAACGCAACUACGACGAAAAUAAUGGACGCAAUACUACAUCCGAUUUGACCUAAAGUGAUAUAUAAUUAUAAAACUAUACUUAAAAAUUUAAAAAAAUAUUUGGCUAUUUAAAAGCAAUAUAUGGCAAAUUAUUAGGUGAUAUAAUAAGAUUUGUUACUUUUAUUUUUAAAUAAAAUAUAAUAUGAUUUUUACUAUUAUAUAAACAAUGCCAAAAAUAAACAGUAAAAUUUAUCAAAUUUCUGAUUUUUUUUACGUCAAGCUCUGCAGCCUCAAUAACAUUGAUUUUAAAUAUAAUUGGAUUACAGUUUACA